UUGUUCUGGGUGGUUGCAUAGUUGAUUACCCGGAGCGCGUCUUUCUCUUUCUGCGACUUCUGGAGAACCGUGGCGGGAUGGCGCUGCGCUCUCUGUCGCUCCUGGUGUGGGUGGCGGUCGCUCUGCGGGAGAGCUGCCAAGGCGCCUCCUCGCACUCCAUGAAGUAUUUCUACUCCUUCAUUUCGGAACCCAGUCAGGGGCUGCCCCAAUUUGUCUCUGUGGGGUACGUGGACGGUCAGGUCUUUGCUUACUACGACAGCAACAGCCAGAGGGAGCAGCCUCGAGUCUCCUGGAUGGAGGAGGUGGGGAAGGACGACCCCCAAUACUGGGACAGAAACACCCAGAUAUCACGUGGCACUGAGGAGGCGUUCAGAAGAAACCUGGAGACUCUGAGGCGUCGCUACAAUCAGAACGAAAGCUUUCACAUAAUACAAUGGAUGUAUGGCUGUGAGCUCUAUGCUGAUGGGAGAAAAGGAGGAUUUGAUCAUUAUGGCUACGAUGGGAGGACCUUCAUCACCUUCGACAAGGAGAGACUCACCUGGGUGGCUCUCCAACCCGAGGCCCAGAUAACCCAGAGGAAAGUGGAUGCUAUUCCAGGAUUGAAUCAGAGAAAGAAGGCCUACCUGGAGGAAGAAUGCAUUGAGUGGCUGGAGAAGCACCUGUCCUACGGGAAGGAGACGCUGCUGAGGACAGAGAUCCCAGUGGUGACCAUGAGCAGCAGGACAGAAUUGGACGAUGGGAUGCAGAUACGUGUCUGCCGCCUGGAUGGCUUCUACCCCAGGGAGAUCGAGGCCUCCUGGACAAGGGACGGGGAGGUCUGGCUGCAGGACACCUUCCGUGGGUCUGUGGCCCCCAACGCGGAUGGGACCUUCCACGCCUGGCUCAGCAUCCAGAUUGAUCCCAAAGAGAGGGGCCGCUAUCGGUGCCACGUGGAGCACGACAGCCUGCAGGAGCCUCUGGACGUGGUCCUGAAGGACCCCCCCAUGGUGACGGUGAACAGGACGGUGGUAGAGAAUGGGAUGGAAAUCCACGUCUGCCACAUGGAUGGCUUCUACCCCAAGAAGAUUGAUGCCUCCUGGAGGAGGGACGGGGAGGUCUGGCAGAAUGACACCCUCCAUGGGUCUGUGGCCUCCAAUGCAGAUGGGACCUUCUACACCUGGCUCAGCAUCAGGAUCGAUCCGGAAGAGAGGGGCCGCUAUCGGUGUCACGUGGAGCACGACGGCCUGCAGGAGCCUCUGGAUGUGGCCAUAAAAGAACCAAAAUCCAACCUGGGGCUCAUCUUCGUCUACAUUGUGACUGUUCUUGUCCUGCUGGGUGUGAUUGUUGUUGGGAUCUGGUUUUUCAGGAGAAUCCGUGGUUAGCAGCCCCCCCUCACAGCCCAAGUGGACCAUCCAGCAUGAGGAGAGAGGAAAGAAGAGGGCAAUCAGGCUUCAUUUUCAUGUGGAACCAGGAUAUAUUUUGGAAUUUCCGUCACUGCUGUUACCAUUGAAUCAGUGACUUUGUUUUGUUAUGAUUGAGGAGCCGAGAGGCCUGAUGUUAUCUCCUUUUUCCCACAAUGGAUUUAACACCUGGGAUUGGCCUGUUUGGGCUGGCGUUGGGGUUAGGGCGGGGUUGGGGUCAGGAUUGGGGUUAUCCCCCAGUAACAUUUUCAGUAUUUAGCAAACAGAAUAUUUUCUGGGCACAUAUAUUUAAAUAACAAUAAUUCAUAUAAUAGAUAACAAUAGUAAAUACGAUUAAGUUAUCAUAAGCAGUAUUAAUUAAUCAAUCCAUAACAUCCUUCUUACUAAUAUGUAUUCAGAAUUACAUAUCACAUUCUUUUCUCUCCAAUUCGUUUUUCAUUGAUAAAAGUUAUCCCAUGUUCUAAGGUAAACUGAGUCUUCUUUCUCUUUAAUCUCUAAAGUCAAUCUAUCCAUUUCUGCACAUUCUAGAAUUUCUUUGAUUAAUACUUCUUCAGUUGGUAAGUUUUCAU